AUGACUGGCUCACUACCGUCAGUCCUGCAGACCUUACUGGCUGAUUCCCACUACUUCUCCCUGCAGAGAUCCGUCUGCCACCAUAACCACCACCGCCAGCAUGACAUCGCCUCCAUCGAAUCCAUGGAUUCAUGGGCCCAGUUCCGUCUCAUGAAGCAGCUGCUCUGUGUCAGGCAUCCUCGCCAGUCUCUUCCAUCCUCCUUACUCCGGGAGAUUGAUCAGGUGUUGCUUGAGGAACGUGCCAAUCGCCUUCUUCUUGACGCUGCUUCCAUUCCAGCUCUUCCAACUCCAUCAUCAUCAUCAUCAAAGCCUCUCCCCGCCACGCUCCAUCUGUGGCAAGGAGACAUUACCACGUUGGAUGGCGUUACUGCCAUCACCAAUGCGGCCAACGAGCAGAUGCUGGGAUGUUUCCAGCCGGCCCAUCGAUGCCUGGACAAUGUCAUCCAUGCCCGGGCAGGUCCCCGCUUGCGCGAAGAAUGUUUCCACCACAUGGAUCAGGGACAGCGCACCUUGCCCGUCGGCCACGCAUGUGCCACCAAAGGAUACUGUCUUCCUGCCCCCUAUGUGAUUCACACCGUAGGCCCUCAGCUGGACGCGGGACAGCCUGUGCCCACCGCGCACCAACGUCAACAGCUGCGGCAAUGCUAUGAGGCCGUCCUGGAUGUCGCAGAAGCUCUGCCUGCAUCGGAUCCUCGGGGCAAGUCCAUUGCUCUUUGUGGCAUCUCGACCGGACUGUUUGCCUUUCCCGUGGAGGAGGCUGCAUCCAUUGCCAUUCAAUCCGUUCUCGACUGGCUGCGGCACCAUCUGCACACCUCCAUCACCAACAUCAUCUUCAACACCUUCACCGACACCGACACGGCCGUCUACCAACAGACACUCAAAAAAAUGCACUAUCCAGUUCCUUCCCUAGUGCCACCUCCCCGGGUCCAUGGAUCCUCCCUUAUCCAAGCCAAAGCUUGGCUGGCUGCUGCCGAUACCAUUUUGAUCAGCUGCGGAGCCGGGAUCUCGGCGGCCACUGGACUCGACUAUACCUCGACCACUCUGUUCGAUCGCCACUUCCCGGCAUUCAAGCAAUACCAGCUGCGACGGCUGUAUGACACCUUUGGCCGCACCAACCGUGACUGGCCAUCUGAGAGCGUCCGCUGGGGAUUUUACUUCUCCCAUCUGGCCAUGGUGCGUCGCUGGCCCCGCUCGUCCCUCUAUACCUCGCUGCUAAAAUGGCUGGCAUCACGUUUUCAACCGGAUCGGGUUCACGUGCGGACCUCCAAUGCAGACGGACUCUUUGCAGCUCAUGGACUGCCCGAAGCGCAGCUCUCCACACCCCAGGGCCAGUAUGCCUUCCUUCAAUGUCUGGAAAACUGCCGUCCGGAUGCUGUCUUCCCAUCGGCACCGUAUCUUGACGCUGCCCUGCCGCAUCUGGAUCCACAGACACAGGUCGUAACGGCGCAGGACAAAAUCCCAACAUGUUCAUUCUGUGGUGGCGCCAUGUCGAUCUGUGUUCGGGCGGGAGACUGGUUCAACGAACGACCCUUCGCUCCCGGCGAAACGCGAUGGCACCAAUUCCGCGAGGCCUUUCUCACGGAUCUGACACGAAACGUAGUUAUUAUUGAGCUGGGUGUCGGCCUUUCCACGCCAGGGGUGCUGCGGUGGGAGAAUGAGGAGCUGAUCGAGCAGGGCGAUGGACGCGUACGGCUGGUGCGCGCGGGUUUGGGCGAUGCCGUGCAGGUCCCUGGGGAGCUGGCUGCUGCGCAGCUGGCCACCAGCAUCGAAGGGGACUUGCAGGAUGUGGUUCGGGCGAUAGUGGCUCCGUAG